UUCUUUUCUUUCUCCUCCAAGCCGCGCCUGCUUUCUCUUGGUGGGGUUGGAGGCUGAACGACGGACGGACGGAUUCGGAAGGGAACCUAUCAGCAGGAAGAAAGGAAAGAAAAGAACAGAGCAUGUGGAGAAAGUAGGUUUAUAUAAAAGGACAAGAACAGCUUAAACUUGUCUGGGUGAGUUCGUUCGUCUCAGCAGCUCAGGGCAGGGCUUUCCUCACGGCUCGCCGGGGAGCGAAUGGACAGAGCGGUAACAGAGCAGAGCAGCCUCGGUAGAGCUCACCGUCCUCCCGGCCACUGACCGUCGGUCCGGCAACCAUUGGGGGGUGGAAGAGGAUUCACCGGGUAAGUGGACAUGCCGACAAGCGAUGGUUCCAGCCGCUUUCCCGUGUUUGUGGCUCCGCCUCAUGGCACCCAUACCAGGUGUCCCGGUUACGUUCCCGGACGGGUGGCUCCUGUCCGCUCACCUCCACCUGCCAAAGCUCCACCACCUCCACCGUUCAAACCGCAUGGCCCACCGCAGCAGCAACACCCUAGGCUCAGCCUGUCUGAAGGAAAUCACCGCAGGGGACUUGCUCAGAGUGACCAGCGACGGAAGAACACCCUAAUCUGCUGUGGCGUGUCACUGGGUGCAUUCUUAUUUACACUCAUACUUGUCCUCAGUCUUAAAAGUGGAAAUGUGUUGGAUGAGAAUUGUCCAGACCACAACCCAUCUUUAAGUAGCUGGAACCCAGGCCUCCAACCAGAUAAAGUUGUUAUUGUCCGGAGUUUGUUUAGACUGGAGUCCUCUGCCACCUUUCUUUCACUUACCAUCCAGUCAGGAGGUCAGGUGGUUUUUGCAGACAAUGUUGACGGUUCUAAGAAUAUAACCUUAAGAACCCAUCACAUCCUCAUAGAAGAUGGCGGAGCCCUUCAUAUUGGGUCGCCCAAAUGCCGCUACCGUUCUCGUGCGACCAUUGUCCUUCUUGGCCGUUCAGACAGCAAGGCCGUCCCUGAUGUUCCGGGCCUGGGCCGCAAAUUUAUUGGCGUUAUGGGUGGCGGGACUCUAGAGCUGCACGGUACUGAGAGGGUUUCCUGGUCACUGCUGACCCGAAACAUCCCGGCAUCUGGGCUUUCCACGGGGGGUUAUGCCUUUCAGAAGAACUUCAGCCGAGGCAUCAACCUGCGGGUGUUUGACCAAGACACGUCUGCUUUGCUCUUCGACAGACGUUACGACACACACGACUCCCGUAACGACAGUCUGUGGCUCACCCAGCUCCUCUAUUCCCUGCCACCGGGUCGUAUAGUCGCGCUGGCUGUAGGAGACUCAGCUGUCAAAAGCUUGUUAGAUGAAACCAAGAAAGCCUUUAAGGAGAUACUUGGCAGCAGAUUUUCUUAUGAUCUAAAAUACAGGCAAGCAUGGGCUUUGGUGUCUGUGGUGAAAGGUGGUAACACGUCAUGCUCAGAGGAUGUGAGGGAGCAUGAAAACCUCAACACAGGAGGAAGAGCUCUAGCGAGGUGUAACUUCACCACCGUAGAUGGAGUGGACUUCUCUGUCACUGCUUACAGCGAGUGGAAGAACGGCUAUCCCAUCAUGGGCUUCCAGGUGGAUUCUACAGACCAGGUGGUGCUAAACUUGCAGGAUGAGGUGCAGCAGACAUGGAAACCAGGUGAUAAUGUUGUAGUUGCCAGUACUGACUACUCCAUGCACCAGGCUGAAGAGUUUACUCUGCUGCCCUGCCCUGACUGUAGCAGCAAACAAGUCAGGAUACAAGGGAAGCCUCGAUAUAACCAUGUUGGAGAAAUCAUUGAUGGAGUCGACAUGCGUGCUGAAGUGGCUCUGCUCUCUAGAAACAUUCUCAUUUAUGGAGAAAUGGAAAACUCCUGCUAUGGGGACAACAAGUGCCAGUUCUUUAACCAUGACACCUUUGGAGGCCACAUCAAGAUCUUGGCUAACUUCUCGUCGGUGCAUCUGUCUCACGUGGAGCUGAAGAACAUGGGUCAGCAGCGAGAGAAAGGCCGGUACCCAGUCCACUUUCACUUGUGUGGAGACGUCGACCAGAGGGGAGGCUACAGCGAGCCCACCUAUGUGGAUGGACUCUCCAUACAUCACUCUUUCUCCCGCUGUCUCACUGUUCACGCCACUAAUGGCCUGCUGGUGAAGGACACAGUUGGUUAUGACACACUGGGCCACUGUUUUUUCCUCGAGGAUGGGAUUGAGCAGCGGAACACUUUCUACCACAACCUCGGCCUGUUGACUCAGCCCGGGUCUCUGCUGCCGACUGACCGCAAUGAGACUCUGUGCACCAGCAUCAGGGACAACGUCUACAAGGGCUAUACUCCUUCACCGAGCACUGAGUGCAAGGCAGUCUCAACAUUCUGGAUCGCCAACCCCAACAACAACCUCAUCAGCAACGCAGCUGCUGGUUCUCAGGAUGCUGGUAUAUGGUUUGUGUUUCACAACUCUUCCACUGGAGACUCUCACGGGCUGGUACCAGAGACCAAGGCAGAGCUCACUCCUCUUGGAAUUUUUUACAACAACCGUGUGCACUCCAACUUUAAGGCAGGGCUGUUCAUUGAUAAAGCAGUGAAGACAACCACUGCCAGCGCUGCUGAUCCACGGGAGUACCUCUGUCUAGAAAACAGCGCCAGAUUUCGACCUCAUCAAAACUCCGACCCCGCUCGUCCCCGUGUGGCAGCAGUCAUCGACACUCUCAUCUCCUUCAAGAACAAUGACUUAGGAGCGUGGAUUCGAGGUGGAGACAUCAUCAUCCAGAACUCUGGCUUCGCGGACAAUGGAGUGGGACUAUCGUUUGCCAGCGAUGGCAGCUACCCUAAAGAUGAAGGCUCCAGCCAGGAGGUGACGCAGUCCUUGUUUGUGGGUGAAAGCCGAAACAGAGGAACCAACGGAGGGCAGAAUAAGUACUGGGGAAUCGGAGGGGCUGAUGGAAAGAUGAGGACACUGCCGAGAAACAGGACGUUCCCAAUUCGGGGUUUUCAGAUUUAUGACGGCCCAGUACGGCUUACACAAAGUACUUUUCGAGGGUUCAUCCCCACACCAGAGCGUUACACCAGUGCAGUGGGAUUCAACCUGAAGAACACGUGGCAGCUGACCCCGAGAAACAACCUGUCCCAGCUCAGCUUUCACCCUUCUGUUGAUCUCCGAGCGUUCUUUGGUCGCCCUGGACAGUGGUUUGAAGAGAACGACUUGGACGGCGACAAAAACUCCAUCUUUCAUGAUGUAGACGGCUCAGUAACGGGUUAUAGAGACACGUACGUGGGCCGAGCUGAUAAUUAUCUAAUCCAACAUCCUGGCUGUGUGAAAAUGCCCCAGUGGAAUGGAGUAACCUGCAGCGGUCAAUAUUCCCAGGUGUACAUCCAGACAUGGGCAGCCUCCAGCCUCAGUUUGUCCAUCAGCAGAGAUGAAUACCCCGAUUCUCCUCUGGUACUGAGGGGGAUUAACAGCCAGGGGGCAUCAUCUCAGCAGUACCAGCCCGUCCUGAUGAUGAGCAAGAGCUACACUCUGCACUGGAGCGGGCCUGCACCCAGAGAGCUUGUUCUCUCUCUCAUCAAUUUCGACAAAGAUGCCUGGGUCUUGGUGGGGCUCUGUUACCCAUCAGACGCCACAUUUCAGAUCAUGAGUGACAUUUACGACAAGCAGAGGAACAUAUAUGAUGACAUUACGGACUACGGCACAGCAGCGUCUCUCGCUGAGCUGGAGGCGAAAAAGAUGGAAAGGAAGUACUUCUUUGACCAACCUGUUGGCUUACUGUGGUUCUACCUCCGGGCUCGUCAUGGUCGUGACGGUCACAGCUACUGUUCAACAAAAGGCUGCGAAAGAGUGAAAGUCACAGCCACAACGUCGUCUAAACAGACCUGUAACUGCACAGCUAAAGCCUACCCCAAGUACUCCAAAACCCCCUCAGCAGUGCUGUCCAUGCCAGCUCUGAGCACCCAGCCCUGCAAAGACUGCGGCGCUCGGCAGUUCGUGUUUUCUAGUGAGCCGUGGACUUCUUACCUUCAAACACAAGUGAAAUCUCUCAGCAGCAAAGAGCAACAGAAAGGAGAUAACACCUCCUUUAUCACCGUGAAUGCGGCGACCAUGUCUUUCUCUCAGCCUGGGUUUUUCCUGGUCUCAGUGGAUGCCUGUUCUGGAAAAGUAAACAAGAAAACCUCAUUUGCUGAGAUGAACACUAAGAUGGAAAAUUUUCUCAAAACUGGAAUUCCAAAGCGGUCAGUUGUUCUCAUGGCAACUCGAGGUCAGCCUAAAGGCCUGGUUGGUUUAGAAUCACAUUUGGUCUCCUUUGGUUUGGCUAAAGCUGCUGAUCUGAGCAAUAAAGAAAGUCUGGCAAUGUGGGGCUUCCGAGGAGGUUCUUUACCCCCGUCAUGGGUUUCACUGCAAACGGGGCAAGGCGACGAGGUUCUGGGGCUUCAGGAGCGCUACUUGCCCCUGGGUUUGGAGUCUUACGGCUGUUCACCCCCUGCAGCUCCAACACGCAAAGACCUGGAGCUUCUCAGAAAAGCCACAGGGCUACAAUAAGCAAUGUGAACUGUACAACUUACCUACCCUGAAUCAUUCUUGCACACAGAUACACAAACACACAGCCGCUGAUGAAUGUGAACUGCUGAACUUUUAAUUUAUUACCAGUGACAAAGAUGUCGAGCGGGGAAGUGGAGUUUUGAUAUGAAUGGAGUAAAUAUUUGUUUGAUUUCGUUUUCUAUUUGUGUUGGUAUGCCUUGAGGCUAUUAAGUUUAGCACUUUCUGUUUAGAGAAACAAAAUACUUGUUCAUCAGCCAAAAAAAUCUUUAGAAGGGGUAAAACAGUCUUGGACAACAGGGAAAAGAGACAUUUUAAAAAACAAUAAGAUCGACUUAGAUUUGCCUACGUUAGAUCAAAAACAAAGAACACAUUUGAUUUAAAAUGAAAAUGCAGAAUAGUAGAUUAUGUUCUCACAAACUUGAAGGAAUUAAUGAAAAUAUUUUUUUUUGGCUGGGGAAUUAGAUCUUUAGGAUUUGAACUGAAAAUCAAAAAAGCUUUUUCAAAUCAAACAUAAAAAAAAACAUUUGUUAGAAUUUAAAUUUGUAGCAAAACAUCCAAGCCAUGUUCACAUGAAUAUUUCAUUUAAAAAACAGCCAAACCAAUUUGUGCAGUGAACAUUUUCUGCUUCUGCUUGAAGAAAUAGUAGUUUAGAAAAAUUACUACUCUUUACAUUUUAUUGAAUUCUUUUUUUAACUCGUUACCUGUAACAACUAAAAGUUUUACCGGAAAACCUCUUCUGAUCAUCGUGCAGCUGUACAACUGAAGCACCUUUUUGUAAGGAUUCCUAAAUGGAUCUACUGGAUUUUUUUCCCUCUUUCAGUUUUGAUCUUCUUACAUUGAUCUCUGAAUACUUUGCCUCAUCUUCAGCACAAACAGAGAUCUCUUAUGUUUCCCUUUUUUUUUCUUUUCUCAAACAGAACUGAAUGUUUUUACCUGUUGUCUGCCUCAUUGAUAUUUUUUAAUGUGUAUUAUUUCCAAACCAGUAUGCUGAGAUUUAAUUACUGAAAGCAUUUUUUAGGUGUAUACCCACACUGUGCAGUAGUGAGCAGCAGAUGCCUUCAGAUGUUCUACCUGCUGAGACACACAGUACACAGUGUUACUUUAAGAGGAUGUAUUCAUUAAUAUGUGUUUGGAUGCGAGCAGGGCUCCCCCACUGAGCAGUGAUAAGUUCCUGUUUAUAACUGUGUGAGUGUAAAUGA